AUGCGCUGUAAGAUCAACGUUUCGGGAACUUUGUUCGAAUUUGACCGCAACGUGCUGAAGAACUUUCCCCACCACACCCUGGUCGAUUUAUUUCCGCCGGAGGAAUUUGUAGGAAACCGAGAGGAAGUAUUCGUCGGCCGUUCGGCGGAAACGUUCGCCGCCAUCUUAGGGUACUACCAGACCGGGGAGCUCCACAUGCCGACUACGGUGUGCCCUCAUGCGUUCCGCCGAGAACUGGAGUUCUGGAAGGUCCCUGCAGAAGAUAUGCAGACCUGCUGUUCUUUUAGAUACUACGGCUUCUUGAACGAGUUUGAAACCCACCAAGAUUUCAAGAUGGCGUCGCAGAAAGAAGACCGGAAGCACCAGUCACUUCCGGUAGUAUCGGGAAACUCAAAACUAAGGAAUCUCAGGGGCCGAGUCUGGAACGUGAUCGAUAACAGAACGCCAACGUUGGCGUCAAAGGUCUAUUUGGCGAUAGUGUUUCUGAUGAUUCUGCUCACGAUUGCUGUAACAGCCCUCAGCACAGAGCCUCGAUUUCAAAGGAAAGUGACAAAAUGUGAGCUCCUGGAAUACCUAGACGCUACCGAAAACGAGUAUGCAGCAAAAACUCAUGAGCAUUUCGGUGAUAUGGAUUCCGUGAGCGUCAGCUCGAGUUUGAUUUACUUCAUAGCACCUCGAGAGAGAAUUGCCGCGAUUUCCGAUGGAGCUUAUUGGGCCGUGAUCACGCUGACCACUGUGGGAUACGGUGACAUUACACCGGUAACUGGCCCCGGGCGCGUGCUGGCCUCAAUAUAA